AUGCAUCCCAGGUUACACCUCUCCCACCUCCCCAUCCUGCUGGGUCUUCUCCUCCUGGUGUGGGGGCCUCAGGAGUCCAGGGCCCAGAAUGACACAGAGCCCAUCAUCCUGGAGGGGAAAUGUUUGGUCGUAUGUGACUCCACUCCUUCCUCUGAGCCCGCUGGUAACGCUCUGGGCAUGUCGGUCCGCUCCGGCUCAGGACGAGUCGCCUUCUCUGUCAGCCGGCAGACCAACCACGAGCCCACAGACAUGAGCAACCGCACCAUGAUCAUCUACUUUGAUAAUAUUUUGGUGAAUGUGGGAACUCAUUUUGACCAAGAGAGCAGUGUUUUCCUGUCACCAAGACGAGGUGUGUACAGCUUCAACUUCCAUGUCGUAAAGGCCUACAACAGACAAACUAUUCAGGUCAGUCUGAUGCUGAAUGGCUGGCCGAUGAUUUCAGCAUUUGCCGGGGACCAGGACGUGACCAGAGAAGCAGCCACAAACGCCGGCCUGGUGAUCAUGGAGAAGGGGGACAAAGCCUACCUGAGACUGGAGAGAGGAAACCUGAUGGGAGGCUGGAAGUACUCCACCUUCUCUGGGUUCCUCGUCUUCCCUUUGUGAGGAAUGUGGAGGAAGCCUUGGGAAGACCAUGGGAAGAUCAUUAGUAAAAAAUAAGAGAAGGAAGGAAGGCCUCAAAAUGUAACCCUUUAUACCAUGCAUGAAAGGAUGUGUUUUAUGCAAAAUGAGAUAAACAUAACUAACUUAAAGCCAAAAGAAAAGAAUGAGGGGAAGAACUAAAGUAAUC